ACUACCAUACCACCAAGGAGCUCCUCCUUGGGCAGAAAUGCGGAAAGAAUUUUCUUUGAGAAUAAAGCUAAUUUAUUAUACGUUUGAAUGAAAUCCAGUAGUCAAGAAUGGAAGAAAUCAUUGCCAAGUUGGAGGUCUGCAUGGCCACCCUAGACAAGAUUGCUACCAAGUACGAUUCCCAGGCAGAGAAUGAAGAAAGAGGGCGUCCUUUACAUACAUCCAUGGUCAGGGUCAACGGAAAGCCGAUUCUUCCACCUCUGAUGACCCCAGACAAAAGGUCGGAGAUGAUACAGUACCAGGCACAGGCAAUUGAAAGAGAAAGGGAACGACAGGAAAGACGGCGACAGCAUCUGGUAGAGAGGGUGGAAACCAUUGUAAAUAGUUACGAGGAUAGCAGGCAAUCUUUGGGUAGCAAGGACAACAGUCCCCAGCAGGCAGCUACUGCAAUACCAGACCAAACCAUGCAAGUACUCGGCAUGCAGUCGGUUGACUCGAAGCAAGUCCCGCAUGGCAUCGGCAACCCAUCAUACUCACCGCUCAAAUACAUGGAGAUGGAUGAAGAGGAGUGGAACGUAAGACCAGCCACGCCUUGGAGAAGAACAAAGCAAGCGAAGGCAAAGACGGUCAUAGCAGCCAACUUUGAUUCAAGAGGACACCAGCCCAUCUCAUCUACCAUGAGGAUGGACCACAGUCAGGAUGUGAGAGGAACCACACCGGAUGUUUCUGCCAUCUCAGUGGCUUCCUCACAAGCUGGUAACUCAUUGCCAUUCAAUUCCCUGAUAGAUGCCGUUGACCCUACCCUCACCAGGAGUGUGCAGCCUGUCCUGAAGGAAGUGUUAUCAUCCUCUCCUCCUGGGCUGGCAGAUUUGAAAGCAGUGGCUACCGAUGGAACUGCAGCACCCCGGCCAGUGGAUGUCUCAUCCAGUAUCACUUCAGAUGUGAACUCAAAUGUAAAGAAUGACCCUUCAGAACCUCAAGAGGUCACAUCGUCUGAGAACUCUACUGUUCGGCCACCUGACACAAGUGCAGUUAUCGACAGUGCUGUCAUAAGUAGACUUAGUCCUAUACCCAAGAUGAAUGCAGUGCAACCUUUGAGCACAGGGGUAACUGGUAGCACUGGAACUCAGUCGACAAAUAGCAGCACCAAUAGUGCAUUGAACCAAACAGUCAUUGACCUGUCUCAGAUGUCACUGGCCCAAGGUCAGUCAACUUUGGAAAAAGCAGGGGACUCUCCCAAAUCUGAGAAGAAUAAAUCAGAUUCUCAGUCGCAUUCAUCAGCAGAAGCAAAUUCUAAAGUAGAACCACCAAAUGAUGAUAUAAGCACUAAGGACGUAAACAAUGUUGUCAGCAACACACAAGAGGAUAAUCAUGUGGCAGGAUAUUUGAGUGAUACAGAGUCAUACAUGAGCCUGCUGGGGGAGUAUUCAUUGCUACCAACACCAGGAUCUAAUAGGGGAACACCAGACCCUAUUCCUACGAGAAAUGCUAAAAAGGUCCCUUUCUUUGCAGAUCCUACAUCACCCGAUGCAACUAAUGUCAAUCCUAAAGCAGAAGUGCCAGUAAGAACUAGUGAAAUGAUUGAGGAAAAUAAGAAUGGUCUUCCUGCUGCUGAUGCCUCUGUUGAUCCGUUGCAAUCCCUAAAGUCUGUAGAUGGUUCGGAAUAUUGUGGAAGCUCCUUGGGGACGUUGGGCCAGUCGGUCACCCUUCCCAUCAGCCUCAGCGUGACAUCUGAAUCUACCCUUCAUGGGGUCGAAGAAACAUGGGACAGAACGAGCCAGGAGAUGACUCCUACCGGGACAGAAGGAGCUGCGUCCAUCGCCAGUGAUGAACUGACAAAUGCAGGAAUGGUAAGAGCAGCACCUGUUGGUCAAGAAAGCAAUGCUGCUGCUGCUGAGAUCAUCAAAGAGACAGUAGAGAAAUCUGAAGAAUCCGCAAGGCAACCAAGUCCAAGUGUAGGAAAGCCUUCUGCAUUGCCAUCGGGAAAGACUUUUUGUGAUGAGAAAGAGAAAGGAGGGGUCAAAGUUGAGAGGUCAGGGGUUAAGAUUGACAGUGACUUUCAAACACCACUCAGACACCAUGCUAGGAAGUCCUCCUACACACUGGAUUUUCCCUCACCUGCACUCCUAGACGCAGAGGCUCGUCACCAGGCUCCACACAUAAGUGGACGGAACGUGAGCUAUAAUGAACCAGGCAGUAAGUCCAAUGAUGCCGAUGAAGUUGCUGUAAAGAAGGCUGAGGCAGAAGAGAUGACAGCAAGCGAUGAAAAGCAGCCUUGUGAUCUUUCAUCAGAACUGAAUGAUCUCAAAAUAGAUGAUGUUACUGAGGCGAAGGUGCUAUCUCUCCAGUUGUCGUGCCUGGAGCAGAUGCAGCAACGUCUCCAGCGUCAGCAUGAGGAGCAGAUGAAGGAGCUGAUGCUCCAGCAAUCCCAGGAGAUAGUUCUCCUUCAGAGUGAGAUGGAGGGGAUCAGGAGACAAGCUGCCCAGUCUGCUCUUGGACAUGUACAUGACCAAGAUUCCAAUGAGACCCCCAACGAAGUCACAAAUAAACCUGAAGAAAUCAAGCAAGAGAGAGAAGAUAAGUCGUCCAGUAAGGAAACUUCUCCCAACAUAACAUCAAUCAAGACAUCUCCUGACAAGAAUGACAAGAGUGCUCAGGAUCCUAUGAGUCAGAGGAAGGGUCCACCUACCAGUCCCAACAGCAGGAAAAGACGCUUUGAGGAAUCCUCGGAAGCUACCUUGGUGCAGGUUCCUCCCUCCUACAUCAAGCAGUCCUCACUGGUAGGCAAGGGGUAUGCCUCCCCUGGUUUCUUCUCGCCAGUUGGUGACAAGCCUCUUCUCAAUGCCAAGAAGAAACUGACUCCUCAGGACAGUCUGGAUUCCGAUCAUGGAGGAUUGGUGGAAGUUCCGCCAUCAUACAUCAGAUCUGGUAGCUACCAUAGACCUGUAUCCAGAAGCCCUACCCAUCAGAGAGCUUCAACCACACCCAAGGACACGACUGCAGCUUCUGCUCUUCUGGGUCCUUCAACCAUCCCUGCAGAAGAGUCAUCCACUGCCGACUCCUCGCGCCUUACAACUUGGGGCACUCCUGUCAGAGAAACCCAUGACAGAGAUUCCACCAGGCUGUCAACACAGCCAUCUCCUGCAGAGGACACUCCUAAAGGUCCAGGCCAUCUUCCUGGAGCUUCAGUGUCAGAUCCUGUUUAUGUGAACAGUCUUAGUGAUUCUUUCUUUCUGAAUGAUGGACAGACUGGAGAAGCUCCAGAUAGGAAUCCUGACCACCACCAACAAACAUCAAAUUACUUCAGACCAUGGACUAUCACUCCAAGUUUACAGAUGGACAGCAGGUUUGACAAGAUAUCCGCAAGGGUCAAAGGUCAUCUUACCCGUGCCCUCAUGAGGACACCAAAGGUCAAAGCCUUGGUCAAAACCAUCAAGGAUACUCGAGUAUUUCUGUACCAGUUUCAAGCCGAGACUCCUGUUAAGAGAGGAAAGUUAUCUGAACAAGACAUGAAGCUGGCUCAUAGAGUUCUUGCACAGCUGAGGGCAGCUCAAUAUGAACUGGAUGAUAUCUUCCAUGUGUUUCCUAUCUCUCAGAGAAUGGCCAUAUUAAGACACGCCAGAGAACAAGAGAGAGAAAACUACUUCAACAAGAAGGUUUCACCUCCAUCUGCUGGCCAGAAAUCCAAACUUUUAUCAGCAGCUACCAAGAAAGCAAUGGAGAGAAGGCAACAACAGGCAAAAGAAGGUGAUAUCGUACAGAGUGGACCUAAGAGGCAGAAAUUAGUCCCAUCAAACCAAAGGCCUAAGAGUGCAGCUGAAACAAGAGUUCUUCGACCGCUUCAAAGCCAGAAGUCCCCUGCCAGACCAGCGACAGCUGCUCCUCCAAGGACCUCUUCAUUUUCUAUCACCACAAAAAGCCAGAAAGGGAAGCCAUCUGUACUGAGCAAACCUUUUCCAACCAAACCUGUCAUGGUUUCCAGACAUACUAGCAAGGCAACAAGGUCCCCUUCAAGGUCAUCAUCAAGGUCAUCAUCAAGGUCAGCUGUAAAUAGACCAGGAUCCACAAGACCUACUUCUAGACUAUCUCUAGUGUCAACGGGUCAGGCCAAGACCAGCUCGGUAAGGCAGGGCAAGUCUCCAGCGAGAGCAGCUACUGGUACCGGUUCCCAGACCAAGACUAAGAGCGUCAGGAGAUCGCUUUAUCCUGCAUCGGUUGGGACUGGUAAAAAGACUAUGCAGCGUAAACAGACAGACACUAGAAAGCCGUAAAAGAAUGGUGUGUAACAUAUUGAUCACCCGCGAUAGUUCGAAAUCACAUAGGGGCGAUUCUAUGCUAGAAAAAUCAGCCAUUUUCACAAAAUUUUUCUAAACAGACGAGGAACUUCAGUUUGUUUUGUGAUAAUAAUGAAGUACUACUGGGUAGUUGUAUAAUAAAAUGACAAAAAUAUGUUGUCCAUGGCUGAAUUAGAGAUGAAAACGUCAUACGGGACAUUUCUGAUUCCCAUACGACACAACAUUUUCACCUGUUAUUCACCCAUAAUCAAACAUUUUUUGUUGGUAAUCAGUUUUUCACAUGACUACCCACUAUAACCUUGUUAUUGACAAAAAAAGUUUUAUUGCUCAAGCAAUUGGCUAAGAGACUAGAAAUCGUUGUCUAAAUGUCCCGUACGACACGUAAGGAAUUGCCCAUGGGAUAGUUUGAAAUCUCAUGGGCUAGCUUUGCAUCAAAAGGAGAUGUUACCUAUAUGGACUAAUGAAGAUGAAAUAUAUUUCCCUUUGGCACCCCAUAAACUAAUAGCUUACCGAUUGAUCGAUGGGCUGGGACUUGCGCUUGAUUUGAUCAAUCGCAAUUAUGGAAAGCCAGCAAAGUCAACAUAUAAAAUGCACGUUUGCUC